AGAAGGGCGUCUCAAACGCCAAAUUCCAACACUAAAUGCCCACAAAAUGCAUGUAUUUUCUACCAUAUUCUAAAUCUAUUUAAGCCAUCGCUUCAGUGGUAGUGGUGUUUAGAUAAUCAAAUGUGUUAUCAACGGAUCCUUAUUAUGUCGGAGAAUUCUUGGCAUUGAAUUCAUUCAUUCAUCGAAACUCAUACUUCGCUACCAAUAAUGACUGUGGAGAGGAUCUGUUGUGUGGGCGCGGGUUAUGUCGGAGGACCGACUUGUACUGUAAUCGCCAGCAAUUGUCCCGACAUUAGGGUCUGUGUCGUCGACUCUAACGCCGAGAGAAUUGCGAAAUGGAAUUCAGACGAACUGCCCAUUUAUGAGCCCGGACUCGACGAUAUUGUCCGCAAAUGUCGCGGAACUAACCUCUUCUUCUCGAAUAAUAUUCAGGAGGAGAUCGAAAAGGCGGACAUUAUCUUCAUAUCAGUCAAUACUCCGACCAAAACGUUUGGUUUUGGUAAAGGAAAAGCGGCUGAUCUUCAGAAUCUGGAACACGUCGCCCGACUUAUAGCUAAUUAUUCAAAUAAAAGCAAAAUAGUGGUCGAGAAGAGCACAGUUCCCGUUCGCGCCGCUGAAAGUAUUAACAGAAUAUUGACGGCAAACACGAGACCCGGCAUCAGAUUCGAUGUGCUCUCGAAUCCGGAAUUCUUGGCCGAAGGAACGGCUAUCGAAGACCUCUUAAAUCCGGACAGAAUUCUGAUCGGAGGCGAAGAGACGCCGGAAGGGAAGCGAGCGAUUCAGACGUUGUGUUCAAUAUAUUCAAAAUGGAUUCCGAGAGAGAAGAUUAUCACAACGAAUACGUGGUCUUCAGAGUUGUCUAAAUUGGCCGCCAAUGCAUUCCUCGCGCAGAGAAUUUCGUCGAUUAACGCCAUUUCGGCCAUUUGUGAGGCGACCGGCGCUGACGUGUCAGAAGUGGCCCAUUCUAUCGGUUCCGACACACGUAUCGGCGCUAAGUGUCUGAAGGCUGGCGUCGGUUUCGGCGGCAGUUGUUUCCAGAAAGAUGUCUUAAAUUUGGUUUAUCUCUCCGAAUGCCUUAAUUUGCCAGAAGUGGCCGAUUAUUGGGUUCAGAUAAUCGAAAUGAAUAAUUUCCAGAAAAGACGAUUCGCUUUGAGAAUCAUUGAGUGCCUCUUCAAUACGGUUACGGCUAAGAAAAUAGCGAUUUUGGGAUUUGCCUUCAAGAAGAAUACGGGAGACACUCGGGAAUCACCGGCCAUUUUGGUUUGCAAAUAUCUGCUCGAAGAAGGCGCCAAACUAUGCAUUUAUGACCCAAAAGUGCCAAAACAACAAAUUUACACUGACUUGAAAUCUGCUGAGAGACCCGAUGACAUGCAACUCAUUGAAGUGACAGACAGUCCGUACAAAGCGACCGAAGGCGCCCACGCCAUCGUCUUCUGCACCGAAUGGGACGAGUUUACGAAAUUGGAUUUCAAGCAAAUGUACGACAAAAUGCUUAAACCGGCGUUUGUUUUCGACGGCCGAAAGAUAGUGAACGUCGAAGAACUGCAAUCAAUCGGAUUUCAUGUCGAGACUAUCGGCAGAAGGACUUCCAAACUAUUAAAGACUCGACUCAAUCGAUGCACAUCUCAUGCCGACUGACAAACAGAUUACAACUAUUUAUUUAAUUUUUAACUUUUUUUUAUUGUUAGGCAAACCUUUUUAUUUAUUUUUAAUAUUUUGUUUAAUUAAUUUGCAUUUAUAUAAUUUUAUUAUUAUUGACUUUAUGGAUAUUCCGUUACAUUUAUGGUCCAAACUAGAGGUUC